AUGACAUUUGAAAAUAAUUAUUCUGAUGCUAUCAGUAAGAGUAGUCUGGAGACCACUCUGGAUUGUGAUAGUAUUAACAAGCGUCCUACUACGUAUGAGAGAAUUCAAUUAAUAUAUAGUAGAGACAAGGACGGAAUUGUAAGUAAAAGAGAGUUUUGUGAUUUUGACUUAGACAGUUUUUCUUCUGCUGUGCGGGAAUCCAAUAAAGCUGUGGAGAUAUAUAAUGACUUCUAUGUGUUCAAAAUUAGCUCAGGAAUUGUUUGGGAAUAUAGAAAAAGGAAUUUAUGGUGUGGUGUUGUCACUGAGGAUUUCGAAUCUACUGAAUUUGAAUCUUGGUUUCUCUAUUUGGUAGCAAAAGAAUCCAAUGUUGACUACCCAAAGCCUGGCGCCAUUGGAUCAGAAAUAUAUGCUGAAGUGGUUGCUAAGAUUUUUGCUGAAGAGUUAAAGAAUACUGUUAAGGACGACAAAUGGGAAACUUUAGGAAAGCAAAAGUUCAUUAAAUCAGCAAAAUUCUUUACAGAAAGGUGGCAACCUUUGGAGGCUGUCUUGCCAGCUUUCCCAUGUAAGUCAUCCAACUCUGAGAAAGUUGCAGGAAGUUUGCCUGACAAAGGAGAAGAAUUGGCAAUUACCAAGCUAAUUCAAUUUUCAGAAACUAUCAAGCAGUUAUACCCACCAGGUAUCAUAAUCUGGAUUGUCAGCGACGGGCAUGUAUUCAGUGAUUGCAUUGCUGUGAAUGAUACUGUUGUCAAUGUUUAUGGACAAGCUUUGAAGGACUUAUAUAACAAAAUUAAACCACCAAUGCUAGACCCAAUCAAAUUUUGCUCAUUGCCAGAAUUGUUUUCUCUUAAAGCCAUGAAUUUUGAAGAGUCUCUUGUUGAGGAUGUCCACUUGAGUCAUCACCUUGCAACAGAAUUGGACAAAGAGUCUGAGAUUUGCAGAAAGAUUCUUGUUGCUUCCUGCGACACAGAUAGUGGCAAGUUGCAUAAGGAUAUCAAUACUGAAAAUCAUCCAAGAUUACACCUAUUCAGAGGUUUUUCUAAGUUCAUGACUGAAGACUUAAUCAACAAUCCUUCAGUUGAAAAGUUCUCAAAGAAGAAAUUUAAGAAGGUAGUUGCCAAGGUGGCUUUUGAAAUGAUUAAGAGGAAUGAUGCUUACUCCAAUUUGGUUGAGCUUAUGUUCCCAUUUCAUUUGCGUUUUUCAAUCCAUUCCCACAACAAUCUGGGUCCAAAGUUUGGAAUUCAACUUCUUUCCCCCGUUGGACCAAAUAAAUGCCAAGCAAUCAUGGCAAUAGAAGAUCAUAAUAUUCCCCGUACUGACGAUUUGCUUCACAUUCCUACUCCUUGGCACAACUGUAUCGUCAAGAUUGAUAACAAGGAGACUUUCUUUGUUGUCAAAUCUAGUAAAGUCGAGCAGGCAAUUGAGAAGGGAAGAGGUUCUGGAAAAUGGGACGAUGGAAAGCUCCAUUAUGUUUUUAUGUCUAAUUAA